AUGAGUUGUCAAUGGAACAAACAACCAAAAGCACACGUAGCUGUUGCAGCAACUCAACAACACACUUCUCAAACUCAAGCUCCCACAUCCAAGAAGAGACCUUUCGACUCUCUUUCCAAUUCGACUUCCAAUUACUUCAAGAUUCGUGCCCUAAUUCGUGACCUUCGCCCCCAUUUCAUCCAGAUUCUCCAAACUCCUGACUACAAAAAUUGCAAGGCGUCACAUGAAAUUCGAGACAAGCUGAAAACCGUGCUCAAGGUAUACAAUGAUCUGAAAGCAGAUGUAGCUUCAGUAGGGAAGCAGCAGCAACCUCAACGUUUCAAGUCAUCGGAGCAAACUCAUGUAGAGAAAACAUUUGCCCGUCCAUCUGUGGCUGAAGUCAGUCAGACAUCGAGCACAUACGUUAUUGGAGGAUCAGCUUUUGGCUGGAAUUUCAUCACUUUUCCAGUUGCCAAUUCCGUCUAUUAUGGUAGGACGAAGGAACAAUUUCGAUCAGAUAAAAUGACCGAGUAA